UAGAAUAGGUUGGCAGAAAUGGAUGGCGAGGCGACGCCAUUUAUAUUAUUUUUCUCUCGUGCGGUAUUUUCUCUUUAAAGUUGUUUAAAUAUGUCGAGAAUUGUGAAAAUAAUAUUAAAAUUGUGACAGACAUUUAGUACUAUUUAUAUAUUUAGGAUUACCGGUUUAAAAAAAGCAUGUCUGUACACUACAAAUUCAAAUCGGCUCUGGAGUAUGAUACGGUUACAUUUGAUGGCCUACAUAUUUCCGUGAAAGAUCUGAAGAAUGCUAUAAUACAGCAGAAACGCAUCGGGAAAAGUACUGAUUUUGAUUUACAGGUCACUAACGCGCAAACUAAAGAAGUGUAUGAAGACGAAAACACUUUAAUUCCUAAAAAUGCCUCUCUGCUCAUCGCUAGGAUUCCUAUCAUACCCCAAAAGAACAAAUCUUGGGAAGGGUACGGAGGCGAUAACACACCUCCUACUAAAUUGGACGAAGGUGGACCCAUAGCCAAAGAAGUUGAUUUAUCAAGUUUGGAUGCUCCGGAAGAUGACAAGAUUAAGGCUAUGAUGUCACAAUCCACUCAAGACUAUGAUCCCAGCAAUUACACAAAAAUCCGUGGUUCUAAUCAAGUAGGUCCAGUACCAGCCAACUACAAAUGCUACAAGUGCCAUCAAGGAGGCCAUUGGAUUAAAGAUUGCACUUUUGGCAUGGGAACGGAUCAAGGAGACAUAAAGAAAAGCACCGGGAUACCUCGUAGUUUUAUGGUAACAGUGGAGGGCCCUCAAGUUCCAGGCGCCAUGAUGACCCCAAAUGGACAGUUCGCUGUCCCACUCGUAGACCAUCAAGCUUACAAUCAAAAACCUGUUCCUAUGCCGGUCCAGCCUCCCAAGAUGGACAUUCCGGAGGAUUUGUUGUGUAGCAUAUGCUCAGAUUUGUUGCAAGACGCUGUUAUGAUACCGUGUUGUGGUAAUUCGUUUUGUGACGAGUGUAUAAGGGGGGUUUUAUUGGAGAGCGAAGACCACGAGUGCCCUGAUUGCCACGAGAAGGAGAUAUCUCCAGAUACAUUGAUUCCUAACAGGUUUUUAAGAACUUCAGUGGCAAAUUUUAAGAAUGAAACUGGUUAUGUUAAGAUACCAACCUAUCGAGAACCAAAAGUUGCAGUUACAGCACUACCACAAAAGAUAGAGGACCAUAUACUCAAAUAUGACGAUCCCAACAGAGUGGAAGUCGACGGAGAAAGACAGACCAUUAUUUCAGAAGCAGACUCCACGGAUUCUUUCAAAGCAAAUCGAAUCGGUGAUAUACCGAGAAACGACAAUUUUUACGGUGGUAGCGAACGCACCGAAGGGCCUCCCGGUGUCUCGCCCAAACGAGACGAUAGAAAAUACAGGGACGGCUCUCCUAGGAGUCCCAGAGACCGUCCUCCACGUUUGAGGCGUAGAACUAGAAGUAGAAGUAGGAGUGCAAGUAGGAGUCUGUCUCCUAGACGGAGCCCUCGACGAUUGAGGUCACGUUCUCGAAGUAAUUCCAGAUCGCGUGAAAAAAGGUCUGGAACUCCGACAGUUGAUGAACCAGUCGCCCCAGCUGGCGCGAAUAGCUAUCCACCGACAACAUACGGAAAUACAACACAAUUGCCAUCACUACAGGUUCCACCGGUACCUGGAAAUUAUCCUGUCGGACAGCCGGCGCUUGGUACUUUUCCGCCGGGCGGCAAUUAUCGAUUUCCUCCGGCUGCAGGAGGGCCUUCUUUCAUGCCGCCAGGACCAUACAAUGUUCCUAGAGGUAUGUUUGAUGGGUCCAGACCGCCCCUGGGCGUGCCAAACUUCCAAAAUUUCCCUCCAGGCUCCAGAAACCAUCGCGACUUUAACCGAAGAAUGCUAGAUAGGGCACCGGUCGGAGUAAUUGACGACCCGUUGGCAGCUUUUAACAGACUUUUGAGAGAGAAAGACGAGCAGAAACGUCGCGCCAAGCAAAGAGGUUUUAGACGUAGUUAUAGUCGGAGCCGUAGUCGUAGCAGAAGUUUUAGUAGAUCGCCCGUGAGGCGAAGAAGUCGGUCGCCCAGGGGGGCCAGAAGAUCGAGGAGUCGCUCCAGAUCGUUUUCAUUGAGUCGGUCUCGAUCGAGGUCGUUUUCGAGAAGUAUGGGAGGUUCGCCGCACAGGCAAUUGUCACCUGCGAGGCGUUCUCCGGCCCCUAUACCUCCUCGAAGAGGUUCUAGAUAUAGGUCGCCCAUAAGAUCACCUCCAAGGCCUCGCAAUCGAGACAGAGAGUACGAGGACGACCGAGAAUUCGAUCGAAACGAUCGCAGAGAUAGGAUGCGGAACCGAGAUCGAGACCGGCGUCAAUCGAGAGAACGCGACAGAUACUACGACAGGUUCGAGGAUAAGAACGUCGCUAGAGGGCAGCAGGGGCAAUGGGGCCAACAGAGAGCCGGCGAUAACUAUUACUCGGCGCAGCCGCAGCAGACCUACCACCAGAAUAACAGAUUCGGACAACCGCGUGAUUUUGGACCUCCUUUCUUGAAUAAAGAAGUACCACCGUACAAUCAGCCCAUGCCGCAAACCAUCCACAGCAUUCAGGUCGUCCAGCGACAAUACCAAGACGUCGCUCCACCAGGCGUAGACGACGAUAUAGCACCACCAGGCGUAGAAGAACCCACCUCCUACAAGUCAGAAAAGAAAGACGACAAAGUGGAUAAACGUAAAGAAUCUGAUCGAAAACGAAGUAGGCACGAUAAGAGGAGUAGAACUCCUGAGAGGACUAGAACACCGCGAAGGAGAUCGAAAUCGAAAGAAAGAGAACGCGAGAGUCCCGAUAAACAUAAGAAGAAACGAAGGGAUUCCUCAGAUAAAGAAGACGACGAUAGAUCUAAACGAAACAGAGACAAGAAGAAGCACAAAGAUAAAAAAGAAACCGAAAAGAAGAAAAAGCGCGAUAAGAAGGAAAAGCACAAAAAGGAUGUCAAAGAAAAGAAGCCCAAAGACGAAUUUAAACAAGUUGUUCCUAAGAAAUCUGAGGAAGACGAAGAAGGAAGAAAAGGGACCGAAAAGAAAAAGUCGGAAAAAGAACGGAAGAAACGAACGGAGAAACAUAGAGCAAUGACCCCAGUCAAAGAAGAACAAAAGGCUGCCGAGGAAUCUACGGAAAUACCACCAGUUACAGAUGUAAAAGAGGAAGAAAACCGUAUAGUAGAGGAAGUUAAAGAAACUGCUGAGAUACCCACUGAACAAGAAGCGCCACAAAUGAAUUUAUAUGCAGAUGUUAUGGCGGAUAUAGAUACCAACGUUGUGAAUAACUACGGAAAAUUGGACUAUAGUUCUCCAUUUGAUGGAAGAUCAUCUGGAAACCUACCUGCUCCAGAUGCUGAGCGGGCGGAACUAACAGAAGACGGGGAAAUUAAAGAGGCAGAUGAAGAAGAAAAAGAUGUAUUGGAAUUACAUAGUACAGAUCUGGAUUUAAAGACGGAGGUUGAAAAAACGGAUAUUUUGGCUCCGGUUCCAGAGAAAUCGAAAUGGGAAGUCGAAGAAGAGGGAGGAUUGAGUCCUAGAGACAGUAGUAACUCCGAACUACAGGUCGACAAAGACGGACAGGUCACCAAUGAAGUGUUAAAACGAGCUGAAAAUGCCAUAUUUGCUAAAGCUAUCAACGCUAUCAGACCAGAGAUCAAAAAGAGUUCGGAUCGAGUAAAGCUGCAUUUGCCAGAGAAAGAAGUACAAUCAGUGGCAGUAGCGCCCGUCAAAACUGAAGUAAAACCGGUGAGGAUAUCGGUGAAAGAUCGCUUGGGAGUAAAAGUAGAGGAUCCAGAUAAUAUCAUCAGCCUCAGAGGGCGAUCACACACAAUGUCGCCGUUUUCUAGACGAGGAGAGAGCGGUCGCAACGCUGGAAGAAUUGAUAUGAAUGAUUACAAAGGGAACAGAUCCAAAACGAGAAAGCACAGUAGAGACAGGAGCAGAAUCAAAACUGACGCUAGAAUGUUCAUCAAAGGCGAUAAAAGAUUGGAGCAUCGACGAGACCAAAUCAGAAGGGACGAUAGAAGUAGAAGCCCUGAAGAAAAAAGAUCGAGAAAGAAACGUUCCAGAACGAGAAGCGUCAGCAUAGAUAAGAAGGAGAAAUAUAGGAAAAAAGAUAAGAAACUGAAGCGGGAGAAAUCGAAAAAGAAAGACGAAGAAUCGAAAAGUACUGAAAGGGACGAAGUUAGAUCGGUAGUAACGGCCAAACGCAAAACCACUAUCGACGAAGCUAACUUCGAGCCCGACUAUGAUGAAUCACAUUCGGAGAUAGAAGAAGAGGAAAUUGUGAAGAAGAAAUCAAAGAAGGAGUCAGAAGAAAGCUCCAGUUCUGAAACGGAGUCUUCGUCUAGCUCAGAGGAAGACCGAAAGAAGAGACGCAAGAAGCACAGAAAGAAAAAGAAGAAGGAAUCGAGCAGUAGCAGUAGUAGUUCUUCGGAAGAGUCUGAUUCUAGUGAUAGUGAGAAGGAACGGAAGAGGAAAAAGCAUAGGAAACACAAGAAGAAGAAGAAGAAAUCCAAGCACAAAUAGACUGAAUAGUGACGUGUAAACAUGUUAAGUUAAUAAGUAUAACAAAAUGAUAGUUUUGUAUAUAUUGAUAAGAUGAACUGUAUGUAUGUGAAUAGAGGAUUGUAUGGUU